UAAAUAUCAGAUUAACAACGCUAAGAGCAUAACACUGAUCUCUUUGCGCUCACUGGACGGACGGGGGAUUCUGUAAGAGGGAAACCUGUUGGUUGGGAUGUUUGCUCUGAAACUUGUGAACGGCGUGACGUCGGCUGGCAGCUGAAGCAUCGCUCAGACUUCAGGAGAUUUCAUGUUUAUUGCAGAACUCAACUUUCCCAGGGCUUCUCAUGUGAAACGAUGGAAUUCGCCUGUGGCUUUGUGUAUGUGCCGCCGUCGCUGAGUCAGAGGGACGGCGGACGAUCUCCAGCCAAAGUGACGGGAUUCUCAGCCCUUCUUCCUCCCGCUAAGCCGCUCCGUCCUCGCAGUCCUCCUCCUCCACCCCCGACAUACCCAGCAAAAUCCCACAAUUCUGUCUCCAAGAUUACUGAACAGCUGGAAAACAGCAAGGACGCGAAGAAAGUCACAAAGCCUGGUCCUUUCUACCGAAAUGGAGAGUUUCAUAAAAAACUGCAGGGCUCUUCCUCCAUCAGUGUCACUCCUCAGCCGACUCCGCCUCCCCGAAGAUCAGCUCCAGUUCCAGAUCUCCCGCCAAGACCUGCGUUCAUGAGACUGAUGCCAGAGUACGUGAUGGUGUUACCCUCAUCCCCCUCCUCCCCAUCCUCCCCCUCCUCUCAGAAAUCUUCCACAGGUCAGCCACCUGUCACAUCUACCGAGAAAGUUGAUAAGGGUCCUCUGCUGGGAAAUCCAAACGUGGUCCUCGUCAGUUUAGGAAAACUCCUGUCAGAUGAAAAGAAGGAUGUGAUGACAGGGGAGCCCUGCUGCUGCUCCCGGUGUGGCUCCGUGCUGGACACAUUUUACAACAAUCAGUUCAAUGCGUGUUACUUCUGCAAGGACUUGGAUUCAAAAAGCAGUCCUGCCGUACAGGAGGGUCAGCCUAAAGGUUACAGGGACAGCCUCUUUCUCCUCAACCCCGGCGACAAACCCACCAGCGCCACUAACGCCAUGCUGAUCUUCUGCAUCGACGUCUCCGGCUCCAUGAGCAUCACCUCGCAGGUGUCGGAGGGAGAUCAUAUUUCCUACGGAUCACGUCUACAGUUUGUCCAGGAAGCUGUGAUACAGUGUGUCCAGAGACUCAGUCAACAACAACCUGGCAUCCGAGUGGGACUCAUCAGCUUCAACUUUCAGGUGACAAUGCAUGGAUAUAAGGACGUCACGUCACGCGUCUUAAGAGAUGCAGAGUUAAUAGAGAGCAGCUAUCUGAAGAAGGCUGCAGCCACUUUCCCAACUCCUCCUCCACUGUCACAAACCAGAGACUACCUAAAGAAACAAGUCACAGAGUUGUCUGCGAGCGGAACCACGGCUCUGGGUCCAGCGGCUCUCCUAGCGAUUGAAGUGGCGUCCAGACAGUCAGGCUCCAAGGUGAUUAUCUGUACAGAUGGGAAGGCCAACACAGCGCUGGGGAACCUGGAAGUGGAGGAUAAUGAUGCUCGGACGCUGCUUUCGUCCACCAUCUUCUACGAGGAGCUGGGAGAGUAUGCAGCUAACCAGGGCGUGACAGUGUCCGUGCUGUCCAUCGAGGGAACUGACUGCAGGCUGGAUGAGCUGGGAAGACUCGCCGAUCGCACCAGAGGGACGGUGGUCAUAGCCAGCCCCGAUCGGCUACACCCGGAGUUCGAGCAGAUCAUUGAAAACCGCACCAUCGCGACACAGUGCACUGUGACAUUACUGCUGCCCAAAUCACUGCGCGUGAGAGGAGAGAGGGAGGCGGGACACAAGGCCAGCAGGGCGGUGGGGAACGUGGACCCGGACACAGAGAUCACCUUCCAGUUUGGAGCCCAUGCACCGGACACCAGAGUGCCGGCUCCGGGCCCCGGCAGCCGCGUCUCCAUCCAGCUGCAGCUCAGGUACAAGAAGAGAAACGGACAGCGGAUGCUCCGGGUCUUCACCGCAGAGCGAGAGGUCACCGACGACAGCGCGGCGGCCCUGUCCUCCCUCUCCGUGGCCAUCGUCCAGCUGAACUCGGCGCAGGCCAGCGCCGCCCUGGCCGUCAGAGGACGCCUCCUGGACGCCAGAGGGGAAGGGGAGCUGCAGAGGAAGCUCAUUGAGAGAGCGCUAGAGCAUAAUCGCAAUGCAGAGGACAAAGAGACGUACCGGGAAUGGGUUAAAACCAUGGAGCCCAUAUACAACAACAUACAGAACUUCACAAGAAGAAAAGCCGGCGUGUCUGACGCACAGCGGCCUCUCUCAGACGCAGCUGCGGCGCUGCUCUACGCUAUGAAGCACAGCAACAGGAAGUCCAUGAAGAAUAAACACAGUUUGUAGCCAAGUAUCCCACUCCGCCUUUCGCCUCUUUGGAAGCAGAUCAAGUCAGACGAGGCUGAAUGGAUUCCGUCUGAACAGUCCACAAUGUAAAUAAUGCAUUGCUGUACAGCACACGGCGCGUUUCUCAGAUUGAGGCCGUUACCGUUGUUACGUUGGGAAACUGCUGAGACAGUGUACAGUAAACAGAGGUGUGUUCUUCACACUGCGCCUGUGGUACAUUUUGUGCUUGUGCACUGACCAAAAACACACAGAAAACCCUGAUUCAGAAACACUGUCAUGCAGCUCACACUCAGAGCUUUUUACUGUCAGCAAAAAAAAACAUAAAAACAAAACGGCUCUCACAGCAUACGUACCGCCACGAAGCAAGAAUUCAAACGCCAAG